GCGCAGUUCCUGGUUCGGCGCAACGUUCAGCGGUAGAAGCAGCGGUAGCAGGGCCCUCCCUCUGUCUCUGCAGAUAAAUACUCGCAGCCUGCCUAUUUCCAGGCAUGGAUGACGGUUGCACUCAGACAUGGCACUGCGACAUUACACCCUCGACUUCAAGCUCUCCGCGGCAGUUGACUCCUCCUCGACAGUUCCUGAUCUACUGUCCAUAUUUCACGAGCAGGAAAUGACGGAGACUGUCCAUGAAACAAAUGGACAUGGAUACCUUGGCACUUUUGUAGGCAAGAAUGGCUGGCUUGCUAUUCUGCGUGUACACUCGCAUGGGUUGGUCACUGUUGAUCUGCAGUGUUAUGAAGAGGACGACUUUGCGCAAGUAGACAAUCUUUUAAAUGCACUGGAAUCUAAGCUGAAGGUGAUCUUGAAUGGCAAUAUAACAAGGAUCAAAAGGCUCCCGGCCCUCGUACGGGGAGCAGAAGUUGACCGAUACUGGCCCACAACUGACAACAGACUGGUCGAGUACGAUAUGGACCAGUUGGUGUAUGAAGAAGAUUCUGCAUUUCAAAACAUAAAGAUACUGCACUCGCAGCAGUACGGAAAUGCUCUCAUACUGGAUAAUGACUUAAACCUGGCAGAGAGCGAUUUGGCCUACACCCUGGCCAUCAUGGGUAGCGGCAGAGAGAAUUAUACUGGAAAAGAGGUGCUGAUAUUAGGAGGAGGUGAUGGAGGCAUCCUUUCUGAGAUGGUCAAACAAAAGCCAAAGAUGGUCACCAUGUUGGAUAUUGACCAGAAGGUGAUUGACGCUUGCAAAAAGUACAUGAGAGGCACCUGUGGAAAUAUCCUUGACAACCUGAAGGGAGACUGUUACCAAAUACUAGUAGAGGACUGCGUCCCGGUGCUGAAGAAGUACGUCCAGGAAGGAAAGACGUUUGAUUACGUGAUCAACGACCUGACCGCAAUCCCGAUAUCCAUGGAGCCAGAAGAAGACUCUACGUGGGAGUUUCUGCGUCUCAUCUUAGACCUGUCAAUAAAGGUCCUGCAUCCUUCGGGAAAAUAUUUAACACAGGGUAACGCCGAGAACAUGACCGAGUCCCUGGGUCUGUACGAGGAACAGCUAGGGCGGCUCUCGUGCCCCGUGGGGUUUUCCAAAGAGGUGGUGUGUGUCCCCUCCUACUUGGAACAAUGGGUUUUCUACUCCGUGUGGAAGAAGUGAGGACCUGCACAUCUCUCCGCUUGAAUCCCCAACAACUGGAAUGUGAACGCUCGUCCCAUUUCUGCUGGAGCCCUGAAGGUGCGUUCAGACUGAGUGUCGGAGGCAUCACAAAGUUUGGAUUUAUACAUUAUGUGUGAUUUCAAAUUGGGGGGGGGGGGGGAAAGGGGUCGACCCACAGAAAUAAAGCAAAUCUCUUACUGGGGUUCCAGUGUAUAGGCCCAUUUGUUCGAGAGCGGCCUCUGACUCACUGUAGCUAACGUCUGUACAACGACGGGCUGUUUGUGGUUAACAAAGCAUGGAUCGCAAAACACAGCAGCAGACAAGUUAAUGUGAAUAAAUCAAACUUUGCAUUCAGUCUGAGCAAAUCUAAAGGGUACGAUGGCGGGUCCCACCCCCACCUCUUCCAAACCCCGAUCUACCAUAAUCUAACUUCUCUCCCUUCUUGUUUUAGUUGUUUUACUGUUGUGUGCUGACUACGUUUUUCAGUUGUGUUUUGUUUUUUUUACUGCGUUUUGAAUACAUUUGCAUGUACUCUGAAGGAACUGUUCGCCGUUUGAACGGGUCAUUUGAUACACUGAUGUGGUGUAGCUCAUCUUACAGCAGGCGUGUGCGCUCUCCUUUUUCAUUGAGUUUUUUUUUUAUGGUUAAUUACUCGAGUCACGGGCUCAGGUUGUGUGAUAGACCAAUGUAGUCCCAGCAUUGCUGAACUGAUGAGACUGAGACUGAUUUUUAAGCUCUGUUUUUGUUACUCAACUCUCAAGUGUGAUUCGUUUUUGUUUUUUUUCCAGAUUGUAUCAACUCAAUGUGAUCCCUUCGGGUGAGACUGUAGUAUUUCAGUCCAAAUAUGUUUUAAAAGGGAAAUAAUUCCACCACUUAAAUGCCACGUCUGUGCUUGUGCUGUUUUUGUCAAUUUUUUUUAUUGGCACCUUUUUUUGAUUUCUCCAAUAUAUUUGAAGAUAUUUAAGACCGUAAUGGGUGCAUGAAAAGGACGGUGAAUGUAGCUUGCAUAUAGAGUACACGUAACGUUUACGCGUUAUCAACCCUGUAAGACUCAGUUAGUUAUUUAUUCAAUAUAAUUCCACCAAAAUCUGUUCUAUCCCACUUGAGAUACUUGCUGUGACCUCCACAAUUAAAGUGUUUUUUGGGGA